ACAGAGUUUGGAACUGCGUCCACUCGUAGCCAUGAAUGAGAUCGUUGCUCGUCUGGCAGAGGGGAAGGUGGCACAGGGCGAGUACUGCGGGCUGGUGCUGAACUGCUCUUGGCCCAUGCCGGAAGAAGUGAUCCGGAAGUACGAAAUCUUUCGCGAGAAACUCCUGGCAGUGAUGCCAAAGAAGGCAUGAUGCUCGGAGGGCAGUGGGGGAGGCCGGGUUUCUUAUGCCUGCUCAUGACGGCUGUAUCAAGAUCCAGUGAUCUGUUGUUUGUUGCGCAGAUCCUGGCCGGAAAGGCAAACCAAUGGAGUGCAUCGGCAGAGCUGGACGGUUCUCAAAAAGCAAGCCCGAAGUUGUUUGGCCUGCAGCUUGAUUCGGGGAGAGUUAUCGUGGGCUUCCCAGCAAUGUUUGGAUAUGCAGCAAGCCCACCACGCACUGGCAGUAUCCUGGGUAGUGAGCGAGGCCUACAUCUACCCUGCCGAAACUUUGCACUGCACGAUUUGCACGCUGCGAGCCUUCACGGCAGGCCCUUUGGAGCCGGAUGCCAUGAGCCGGUGGCGGCCCGUGCUGGAUGCAGCGCGUGCGCUGCCAACGUGGCCGCAAGGAGCUUUCCGGCUGAAGAUGGGGCCUCCCACCUUGGAGGGUGCGGCCGCGAUCUUCCGCUUCGAGGACGAUGGCGCCAUUGCAGCCAUGCGCAGCUCGCUGCGAGAGGCCAUCUGCUCUGCAGGUGGAGUUGCAGCAGAAGGCUGUGAUCGCUCAAAGGCCAAGCCGCUCCCUGGUACGGCCGAAGGUGAUCCACCGCCGCACCUGCCGGACAUCGUCCACUCCACGGUGCUGCGCUGGACCGCAGAGCCUUCGGAGUCAGACCUGGAGGCAGCCCGAGCAGCCUUUGCGUCAACGAGCUGGGAGCCGCUGGAAGUUGCAGUCUCCACGGCCAAAGCUGUUAUCGAGGACAUCCCGUAUAUGCACAUCCCGGAUGAUCCAGCUCACACCUGGUGGAGAUGGGACGCCUAAGGCCCGCUGGAGGCGCAAAGCGCUGACCUCGCCGGCUCCGGCGGCUCACGUGCUCCCUCACACGACUCGCACGCCACAAGUAAGCUGCGAAGCGCAAGUGUGAGGGCUGCGGGAACUCAGAUUCUCAGAUAGCUGAAGAAAUC